UCUUUUGUUGCGCUCCGUUCGCCAGCUAAUGAGCCUGUCAGGAAGCGAAACCAGAUUGUACUGCGCAUGUGCAGUAAUCCGAUGGUUUGAGUCGUGACGUCGCCUCUUGUGACUAUCCUUGACGAGAAGGCGGAAGCUGGUUUGGAAAAUUCUCGGGGCGUGUCAGUCAGCGUGUAAAUAAUAAAACUCAUGGUUUAGAGUUACUUUAGACAGACGUCUUCCUGUGAACGAAAGACGAAUCUCUGUUAACACCAUGGCUUCACCAACCCCUCUGUCCAAGGCCAACACCACCUUCUCUCUGGCUCUCUUCAAAAAGUUGGGAGAUGACGACAAGACAGCGAAUGUCUUCUACUCCCCUUUCAGCAUCUCUUCAGCUCUGGCUAUGGUGAUGCUGGGGGCCCGGGGCAACACAGCCACGCAGAUGUCAGAGGUCCUCAGCUUCACCGAGGCGGAGGAGCCCCGGCAUGCGGGACCACAGCAGAUGCAGAUGCAGCAGCAGGUCCCGUUCACACUGCCCGCGCAUCUGCUGAAGUGCCUGAAAACCCAGGAUUGUCUGGAUGAAGUCCACGUCAGCUUUGGCCAACUGCUGAGCGAGCUCAACAAGGCCGACGCUCCGUAUGCCCUCAGUGUUGCCAACAGGCUGUACGGGGAGCAGUCCUACGAGUUUGUGGAGGAUUAUUUAGGAAACACCAAGAAGCACUACAGGGCAGAGCUGCAGUCGGUGGACUUCAAAGCCGGCUCAGAGGCGGCCAGGCUCAACAUCAACGCAUGGGUGCAGGAGCAGACACAAGGUAAAAUUAAGGACUUGCUGGCCGAGGGAGUUGUGAACAGCCUCACCAGGCUAGUGCUGGUCAAUGCCAUCUACUUCAAAGGCAACUGGAACAAGCAGUUUGAAGAGAGUGCCACACGGGACGCUCAGUUUAGACUCAACAAGAAUGAAACCAAGUCAGUGAAGAUGAUGCACCAGAAAUCCAAGUUCCCUUUGGCUUACAUCCCAGAAGCCAGCUGCCAGAUCCUAGAGAUACCUUACAAAGGAAAGGAGCUCAGCAUGCUCAUCUUUUUACCCAAUGAGAUAGAGGACAGUACAACAGGCCUGGAGAAGAUAGAGAAGGAGCUGACCUAUGAGCACUUUGUGGAGUGGACUCGUCCAGACAUGAUGGAUGUAGUUGAGCUCCAGGUGGGGCUUCCUCGGUUCAAGAUGGAGGAGAACUACGACAUGAAGAAUGUCCUCGUCAGCAUGGGCAUGGUGGAUGCUUUCGACAUGUCAAUGUCUGACUUCUCUGGCAUGGGUCCCGGCAACGACCUGGUGCUGUCGAAAGUCGUCCACAAGGCUUUCGUGGAGGUCAACGAGGAGGGAACUGAGGCGGCUGCCGCCACUGCGGCUGUCAUGAUGCUUCGCUGUGCCAUGCCCAUGACACGCCCCUUCAUCGCAGACCACCCCUUCCUCUUCUUCAUCCGACAUAACAAGUCCAUGAGCAUUCUCUUUGCUGGCCGUUUCUGCUCCCCAAAGUGAUCACGCCAUUGAGAACGGUGUUUCUCAACAGGAGGGGGAGGGGUACCACACAUCUACUAUUACAACAGUUUACCAUCUUAUUAGCAUUGCUGGAAGAAUGUUGAUAAUCGGCACUGUGGAGUUCCCUCUAGCUCAUCACCCUGUGAGUCCUCUGUCUUUAACACCAGAAUGACCAGUAAAGUUGGAGGUGUGGACAUGUCCUCAAUGUGGCUUCUUGGUUGCAUCACCUCUGGGUGUUUCUAGAGGUUUGUGGAGUUGCACUGUUUGAUCUUUUGCACCUAAUCUCCUCUUUAGGAUCUGGUUUACUUUGUCUGUACUACAUGUAUAGCUUUGUUUGCUGCACCCUUUACACCCUACCUGAGUUAAUCUACACCAUUAAAGCCUGACACCCUGAGAAAGA